AUUCCGUAGUUAUACCGAGAAAAAUACUUAACGGAUACUUACAUAGGUGGUAAUUUUCAGCUUCUGUUAUACGGUCAUACAAGUUCAAGAGAAAAACACUGAAAUGUAUGCACUCUCCAGCACUCUUAUUCGGUCGCCGGCCUUGCGCCAGGGCCUCAAGAUGGCCGCUGCCAAUCGCCAGGUAUCGCUGAAAGUUGUCUCUGUCGGCUCCACCGUCAAGGAUGAGACCUACUUCGAGAAGAACGAACGCCUGGGACGCGAAAUGUCCCCCCAUUUAACCAUUUACCAGCCACAGCUGACCUCCAUGCUGUCGAUCAUUCACCGCGGCACUGGCAUGGCUCUGGGCGUCGGCGUUUGGGCUUUGGGUUUGGGUGCACUGAUUUCGUCUCACGACAUCAACCAUUAUGUGACUAUGGUCGAGGGACUCCAAUUGAGCGGCGCCACAUUGACGGCGCUCAAGUUCAUCAUCGCCUAUCCGGCGGGAUAUCACACAGCGAACGGCAUUCGCCAUCUCUUCUGGGACACGGGCCGUUUCCUCAAGAUCAAGGAAGUGUACAGCACUGGUUAUGCAAUGGUCGCCACCUCUUUUGUGCUAACUGCCAUACUGGCCCUCAUCUAAGCUGACUAAGCUGUCUGUCCUCAGGACAUUUGGUGCGGGUUGUGCAUGUUAAAUAUUAGUGUGAAUAUCGUGUUAAUAAUUCAUUGAAUGCAUUGAAUACAUGUAAAGUAUAUUUAUUA